GGGUGGGAUGGUCUAGGAUUUUGAAAUUCCUAAGUCGAGUACCAACAGAAUGGUAUCUAGAAGUUGUUACUAGGCUCACGGUUUGGGUCCUUCCAUCGCGUCCAGCUAUUCUGCAACCGCGCGAUGUCGCGAAACAAGUGAUGAUCACGUUGUGGGCUCAUGUUAGGUUCAUACAACGCGUUACAUGACCCUCGCGAUGGCUCGCAAGAGCUUGCAUCAAAGAAUAAGGAGCGCGACCAAGAUUGUUGAGUCCAUGGAACUACCACGAGAAAUGACGACAAAAACUGGGAUGGUUUUCCACCUGGAGAAAAAGCCGAGUAGAGCAUUGCGCCGUGAAGAAAAGCUUUGGUUGGAAAGCCUGCUCAAGAGGAACAUGGAGGCGCAUUUCUCACCUGAAAAUUGGCCACAAGUGCUCUCGGAUAAGCUAACAGAAUCUGUGGAGCCUGACGCCAUCUAUCUCUUUCUCCGAGAAUCGAAGGCUGUCAAUCAGGCCACUACUGAUGCAAAAUCAGUGGCUGUAGGGAGCAUGGCUGCAUGCACAGCGGAGACGAGAAUGAGGGCAAAAGCUCCAGGGACCAUAUUUUCUGCCGACACUUCACAGCAUGAAUGUCAAAAACCCUCCGAGCCUCAAGUGCAGGAGGAAGGAAGAUCUCAACAGCAGCGUCAGCUCCAGCUUUCGUCCAAUGCAAGACUUGGACACAAUGUCACAAGCCAGCUGUGGAAUACCAAUGCCUCAUAUCAAGAGAUGUAUGGGGGAUGUAAGGGGACUAACUGCACCACAGGAUGCAAGCUUGCAGGCUUUAUGCACUUCCGUAUUGUGGAGGAGGAUGAGAUGGCUUCUCUGUACGUGUACGAAUUACAAGUGGAGGAGGAAUACCAAGGAAUGGGUAUCGGCAGCAAGCUGAUGAGGAUUGCUGAGCUCAUUGCAAAGAAGUGUGGGCUUGAUGCCAUCUUCCUAACAGUUCAAAAGAAAAAUACAGCUGCAAGGACGCUGUACAUGAAGAAGUUGGGGUUCCAAAUUGCGGAUCACUCACCAGCAAGGGAUGAGGAGCGGGAGUACGAGAUACUGGUAAAAGAAGUUGCCUAACUGUUUGGAGAAUAUAUUAAUUUCGUUCCACUUAGUGUUUUCACUCUUAUUACGGUAAUUACGGCUUGCAUAGGCACACAUUCACCAACAUUGUCAGUGGAACACGCGUGGCGCAAGCUCGGAAUGCUUAUCAAGGCAGUG